CUGGCCCUAACAUGGGUGGGAAGUCGACACUUCUUCGCCAAGUUUGCUUGGCAGUGAUUUUGGCCCAGGUAGGAGCUGAUGUCCCAGCCAAAAGUUUUGAUUUGUCACCCGUAGACCGAAUCUUUGUUCGAAUGGGUGCUAAGGAUAAUAUCAUGGCUGGCCAAAGUACAUUCUUAACUGAGCUUUCAGAAACUGCAACCGUACUGUCAUCAGCCACUCGCAAUUCAUUGGUGGCUUUGGAUGAGCUUGGACGUGGGACCUCAACUUCCGAUGGACAGGCCAUUGCAGAAUCGGUACUUGAAUAUCUUGUGCAAGAGGUGCAGUGUCGUGGAAUGUUUUCUACUCAUUAUCACCUAUUAGCUGUUGAUUAUCACAAGGACCCCAAGGUUUCUCUCUGCCAUAUGGCAUGUCAAGUUGGUGACGGAGUUGGAGGUGUGGAUGAAGUCACAUUUCUUUACAGGUUGACGCCUGGUGCAUGCCCCAAGAGCUAUGGUGUUAAUGUUGCUCGGUUAGCUGGACUUCCAACUUCUGUUCUUCAAAAGGCUGCUGCUAAGUCUAGAGAAUUCGAGGCUGCUUAUGGUAACCGCAGAAGGUGUCUCCAAAAACAACGCAUCUAA